AUGCAACCGCGAUCGCACGCGGCAGGACAACAACAACAACAGGGGGAAAAUGGAAACGGAUCAUCCAGAAACUACUUGCAUCAUCACCAUUCGCCUUCAUGGAACUCCUCAUCAGCAUCAGCUCGUCGUCAUCUCAGCCCAAACAAUAUAACGACUGCUUCGGCUUCACCCGCUUCACCAACCAAUGCCAAUUCCCCUCGACCGACCUCGCCUCGGACGACCCCGGUGCAUUCCAUGGUCCGUGAACGAUCCCUACAUCGCGAUGAAGGAACAACUAGUUCCAGUCGUCCACCGUCCAUUCGCUCAGCCUCGUCGUACGGUCGUCCGUUAAAUCGACUCAUGCAUAAUGCCCAUACGCGUCGCCAUUCCAGCUACUCUAACUUUAGUACAAUGAGCGAAACGUCGUUACCUUGGACAACUCGAGAUAUUGGCUUCAAUGCGAUUUCGGGUGUGCUUAACGAUCCCGCUAAACGAGGACAGACAGUAGUCAAGCCAAGCAAGGCUGAUGUCCCCCCAGUACCACAUGCAUCCAUUACAAAAGUACGGCCUUCAGACUUUGAUAAUUAUCUAGAGCAUAUUGGCCCAGUGUUCGACCGAUACCAGCACAACAAAUUGAACGACGAAGAAAACAAUGCACUAACAUCACCUGUCAUAUCUCCCUAUGGCUCGUUGCACAAUAUCUUGGAUACGCUCGACGAAUCGUCUUUGCCAGCACACCAACGUCGAAGCGGACGCAAUCCUUACGGUCAAAUGCUGUCGAGCGAAAGUCUUGCACUGUUGGACAACGUUGCACCUGAACCGACGCCUCGAGAACUGCCUAUGCUUGAAAACGUGCCACAAAUCUUUUUUGACCCCGAUUUUCAGCUAGAAAAUCCACGGACAUUUGAUGCAGUAUGUGAAGGUGCAGAUAUUAUUGGAAACAGUGGACCCAAUCCUCCAGUAUCGACAAACAGCAUUUUGCAAGAAAAACUAUCGUACUAUUUGGAUACAGUGGAAGUCCAUUUGAUCCGGGAAAUCGAAAAUCGGUCCUCCUCGUUCUUUGAAGCAUUAUCCAACUUGCAAGCACUCCAUCAACAGACGCUUGACUGUGUAUCACAAAUCCAUACCAUUCGACAAAAGAUGAAGGAAAUUCAAGCGACGAAAUGCAACGACGGUUUACAGGUUGUACGAUUACAAGUACGUCGGCGGAACCUCGAGCGGUUACAGGAAGCGAUCCGGAUCAUCAAAGAAGUUAGGGCGGCACAACCUAUGAUCCAGGUACUUCUUGGGCAAGGUGAUUACUUUGCCGCAUUGGACCUUAUUGACGAGACACAUGCAGUGUUGGAAGACAACAAAAAAGCCGGGGUGAUCGAUUUGAAGCAAGUCCGUGCACUGGCGAACUUUUCCACUCAGCUGGAUGAAAUGCAAAAGGCGGUUGGCAUCAUGAUGCAGCACGAUUUUUUGAGCAUCCUGCUAUCCGACCUGAGUUACCAGAUCGAAACCAUCGACUUUGACAAGGCCAAGGAACGGAUUCUUGACCAUGCGAAAUUACCACGAUCACCUCCACAGCCACGGGAAGAUGUUACCGACGAAGAAUUAUUGGAACGGCUGAUGCCCAGUACUGUUGGACUAAUACGAACAGACAUGUUUAUGCAGACGAUGCAAGGUUACCGUGAACGUUUGCUUACAGAGAUCAAAGAAAUCGUGCGUAAAAAAUACCCAGCCGUGUCACCAACCGAUGAGCCAGGGCAAAACAGCCCAGCACGACAAUUGCGUACUAUGCCCUUUGAUUCUUUCUUCAAGAUGUUAUUAGACGUAUUUAUCAUGCUAAUACGAGCUAUACAACGGGCAGCUGUGUAUCACAAAAUACUAUCUCAGUUGGUCGACAAAUGCGUGAUUGACGAUGAGGAGAAGAAGAAGGAUAUGAAAAAGGAAUCGAGUGAUAUCGUUUUUGCGGCUGCCGAUUUAGCUCACGUGCGAUGCGCCAAGCUCAUUGGAUUCCGAAGCGAGCAAAACGCCCAGCUGAACCCAACCGAUUUUUAUCGACUGGCAAGCGUUAUGCGCACCUUUAUACAACAAUGCGAGUCCUAUUGUGAACGAACAUGCUUUGGUUUGCGUGGGACGGUUCUUUCUCAGCAAAAGGCAUUCAUUGACCAUUUUCAUAUGGAGCGUGUCAAGCAAGAAGCUCAGUUGAUCGAAAACGAGCAGUGGGUAGCGAGCGAGGUUCCAUCCGAUUUCCAACGGAUCGUUGAUCGUAUAUGUGACGGCAGCGUAUCAUCACUGGCACAGGAGGACACUGCGCCGCCGCAAAAGCAAGAAGAGGAUCGGAGAAGCACCAAGUUCCUCAUUGUCCACGGAACUAGCUAUUUUGUUGUCGGCUGCAGUUUACUUAUCAUCAAAAUGUUUGAAGACUAUCUGCGGUGCAUAUGGAACCUGGAGGGAAUGACAACCGAUAUUAUGCAAAAACUGGUAGAAUUAUUAAAGCUGUUCAAUUCUCGGGUAUGCCAAGUCAUUCUAGGUGCAGGUGCCAUGCGCUCCGCUGGAUUAAAGAAUAUCUCAGCGAAACACUUGGCUUUGGCUUCACAGUCUGUUGGCAUCAUGAUCGGCCUGAUACCGUCGUUGAAGGAGUGUGUACGCCAGCAUAUGCCUGCAAAACACACGGUAUUAUUAUCCGAGUUUGACAGGAUAUUGAAGGACUACCAGGAACAUCAAGGCGAAAUCCAUGCCAAAUUGGUGGCAAUCAUGAACGAACGGUUCUCAGUACACGUCAAGGCGAUGCAGGUCAUCCAGUGGGACGAGGAAGACGAAUCAGGAAAAAUACCCAACAAUUACAUGGAAACUUUGGUAAAGGAAACCAUGACUCUCCACAAAGUCCUCAGCAAGUACCUGCCCCACCAGAAUUUGCAGAGCAUCAUGUCCGAAGUAUUUAAAUCGUUUACGACCCAGUUAUCACAAGAAAUCAGUAAACUGUCAAUAACUACAGAAUCAGGAAAAGAUCGGUUGGCCAAGGAUGCAGCGUAUUUCACCAAGCGUCUAUCGUCGUUGAACGGAAUCGAUCCACCAUCUGAUGCUGUAGUUAAUGCCGUGAACGAAAUAUCCACAUCAGCUUAA